AUGGCUUUAGAUGAAGCAGCCCUCCAGGCGGUCGCCAACGGCGGUUCCAUCAGCUCAGAAACAUGGUCUGCAACGGUCGCAUCGCUGUUAGAGAGAUUUGAAUACAUUGUCUACAAUGAAUUCCCCAUGCCCACAGCCCCUCCCGUGUCCCGACGUCAACAACAGUAUCCCCAACCGGUCACGUCUAACAAUACAGCUCUACCGGAAAGUAGCAACAAGGAGAAUGAUGUCCCAGGACGCCCUCGCACUCCACCACCGACUAGCAGUUUCUCAUCUACCGAGCAUGUUCCGGAUUCCCAGCCACAGACCAGCGACUCGCUCCCUCCUGCUCUUGCGCAGCUUAUUACCUCUACCCGCGCUUCAAUCCAAAAUUAUUUUGCCAACAAACCCCCACACACUAUUCAGAGACUUGCAGAACUUAUUCUUUAUCCAAAGCGUCUUUACAAAACACUGCCCGCUUAUUUGCGCGCUGUAGAUCGCGUCGUCUCAGUGACCAGUCCUGCGGACAUAUUCCCUUUCCCCACCGCACCGAGUGCCGGUUCCCAGGCAAAUGGUGUUUUGGCAACUGGAGUGCAUACUUCAACAGAGUACACUACUGGCCUAGGCAGUGAUGAGUCUCUGGGUGGUGCCCUUCUCACUCCAAUACCUUGGUUGACCAGUUCUUCGUUUGAAGGAGAGCCGGCCACCGCCAUUUUAGAUCCGGAGGAACUUGGAGCCAUUAAUUCAAGUGCUUCUAGUGCGACUCUCACCGAGGGCGAAGAUGCCGCUGCAGGCGGCUUGCCCUCGAAUGAAUUGCCAGAAGAGGAAGUCCCACAUGCGCGAGGACCGUCGGUGUUGGGUGUUGAAGAUAUGGGAUUGCAGAAUGGAAAGGGUGUUGAGCUCAGCCUGGGCGAACAGGCCCAGCACGCAGAAAACGCUACUAAUGAUCAAUCUGCUGCGGCAUCUUCUGGAGAAGCCCCCGCUACUACUGACACUGAUGGCGAUAUCGUUCUCAGCGAUACUAUUUCUAAGACAGAUGAUACUGCAGUACCCCAGGAGGGCGAGAAGUCUGGAGCUGAUGUCAAGGAAACUUCAACAUGA